AUGGCUUCUUCCUCAGACAUCCAAAUCAUCCAACUAAAUGCUCCCACCAAUUUUCCCAUCCGAUUAACGUCUUCUAACUUCCAAGUUUGGAGAAGGCAAGUUCAAGCUUCUCUCAUUGGCUUGGGGUUGCUUGGCUAUAUUGACGGCUCAACCCCGGCUCCUACCCAAUUUUCUGAUACGGCUCAGAAGGAAAUCAACCCUGCUUACACCGCACGGUUUAGACAAGAUCAAACCAUCCUAAAUGCCAUUUUAGGGAGCUGUUCCGACACGAUUCAACCAGUGAUCUCGUCGGCGGUUUCCUCGGCAGCUGCAUGGGUCCGGCUUACGGGCAGCUUCGCCAGUACCUCACCCUCUCGCAUUGUAUCUCUCAAAACCAGGCUGGCUUUCAAUCCCCAAAAUGGUCGCCCUAUUGAGGAGUAUGUUGAUGAAAUGUUCACGAUUGCCGAGUCGUUGGCGCUGGCUCAACAUCCAAUUAGUGAACAAGACUUGGUGGUUCAUAUUCUCACCCAAUUAAAUGAGGAAUAUGAUCACGUUGUACCUGCUCUGCGCGUGCGGCCGGAACCCAUUCCCUUCGCCGAAAUGAAGGACGUACUUGUCGAAUUUGAAAGGCAACAACGAAAGGACGCUACGAGUCAAUCUCUUGUUGCCACGGUAAAUGUAACGCAGAAGCAGUAUGGUUUUCCAAACUCUGGCCGGAACUCCCCUAAACAAAAUCGAGGCAACAAUGGGUAG